AUGCAAUAAUACGAUUAAGACAUAGAGGAUGAUAUCUCUGAUAAUACUUCCUAAGAUGACUCUCCUUUGAAGCGAUGUAUGACAGCUCCUCCAAGACCUUUGACAGAAUUAGAAGAAUUUAAGAGAUCGAGUGAGUAUUAGCGUUUAGAGAAAGCUCAAAGAUUAUCAAGUCGGCUUGUUUAGAGAGAAUUUCAUAAAUACGAUUUAGACAACCCUGAAGGAUAGAAGGGCUGCAAAAAAUUUUUAUAAAAUCUCGAAAUAAUGUGUGAAACAUAUAAUAUUAAGGCUGAAUCUCGUGAAUAUAGGAAUCAAUUUUCAAAGGCAUACAAAAUACUUUACACUGAGGAUAAAUUAUGCUAUUUGACAGAAAUUCUCGAUAGUGCUUAAGAAGGUUUUCCUUAUCUGUGGGUGAAUUCAGAGAAAUACUCAUUCACAUAAGAAGUGUUGGAGGCUGGCAGUAAACUAGUUGAAGGGUUUUAUAGAGUGCAACAUUUCCUAAGACAUUUGUAUACUAGUACUUUAUAGGAAAGUCCAGAUUUUAGCAUCUCUAAAAUAAAGAAAGAGAUCAAGUAUCUCUUGGAGACGUUUGACGAAACGUGGGUCAAUUUCGAAAAACUGUAUGUGAAGGAACUGAUGGAAAUUGAAGCAAGGGCUCGUAGGUUUAUUUUUCAAGCAAUUGCAAUAGAUAAGGAUAUGUAAUCGAUAGAGAUUAGAGAAAAAUUAAGAGGAAAGAUUUUGGUUACUAGUGAUCAUUACAUCUAAUUAAAGACUCAAUUCUGCAAAGUGAUAGCAAAAAUAAACUCAGUGGCAAAUGUGGAAGGAAAGGGCAUGGACGAUUUAGGAGUUAAUAUUUUAUUAGAGGCAGAGGGUAUAACCAGGAGGGUUACGAAGGAAUAAUCAAAAGCUGUAAGAACUUUGGCUGAUAGUAUAAAAACAAAUUUUUAAAAAUUUCGAGAGCAGAUGAGAAAAUAUGAGAGUAAUAUUGAAAUGGUGGAUCCUUAAUUAAAAAAUAAUUAAGAAUUAGUUGACUUAUUGUUUGAGUAUGAAACAUAGUGGGAGAAGGGAUUAUCCUACUUAUUGGAGCCUAAAAAAUACACACAAUUGAUGUUAUUUUCUCAUAUUAUAGAGACAACAGCUGAAAAAUAUGUUUAAUUUGCUGAGCAACUGGAGUGUAGAGAUAGUGAUAUUUUUGUCACUAUUCCCUGUUUGAUUGUUUUAAAGCAUUUAGAGAAUGAGGACAAGAACAUUUGUAAGUAUUUUCUGCCGAUGCUAAAUGAUGAGUCUUCCAAAAUUUAUAUGUAAUUUCAGCAAUUGAAGGAAAAUUUCCUAAACUUUAGAAAUCAACACACCAAACAAUACGAAUAUUAUAACAUUUUAGAGAAGAAAUUGCUAGGAAUAAAUUAAAAUGAUAUUUCUGAAGUGGAAACUUAGUAAAUAGAUAGGAUAAUGCAGAAGAUCAAAUUAUUAUCGAUUGAAAUACAGAGGUAUAACGUUAUUGAAUGGAAUUCGUUCAUUGACGCAGCAAUUAACAAUAUCUGA